AUGGUCAGAAAAACCAAAAUCAGUAUCUGCGCAUCCACCGACGAGCAAUCUCGCAAAGCGCGGAAACGGGCCACCGACCGCAAGGCACAACAAGAGCACCGUCUUCGGCAGAAGGAGUACGUCAGGAAUUUGGAGAAAACAGUCGACGAGCUGAAGGCAGAACGACCGCGGGAUGAGGUGAUUCGCGAAUUACUGGAGGAGAAAUCCCGUUUACAGGAGAGAUGCCAUGCGCUUGCUACUAGGCUGUCCCGAGUACGAACUCUGGUCAUGGAGGACGACAGCUUAACCCAUGGCUCUGGCCUUCAGGGACAUUACCCUUCAAGUGAUGAGAUCCGCGACUCUGAUCCUAGCGAUCCACAUCUAGACGAUCUAGCUUUCCAUGACGUGGCGUCCAUUAUCGAAGGCGACCUCGUGCCGUCUCAAAGCGGGACCUCCCUAGGGCCCUUCUUCACUGGCGUCGCGUGCCAUGAUACGGACGCCAAUAACGAGAUCGUCGUCGCUGAUGACGAUCGGGGCAAAUACCCGUUUCUUUCUGGGCACGCGAAGAAUCCACCUCCACCAUCGAGAGCGAAUGCCCCAUCGACAGUGGAUGACAUUCUCUCAGAUCUAACGCUUUUCGCCCCCGCGGAUCACUUGGUGACUCUAACAUCAGAAACCCCGACUGUUCCCCUCGGCCACCCUAGUAGCCUCGCUCUCCAGUAUCCAGAUUUCUGUGCCCCGUUCCCGCGAUACUGCUCGCCAACUUCCAAAUCAGACGCCGCACUCCUAGCGAUGGUAGUGGAAGCCCGUGGGGAGCAUCUUCAAGGACGAUUCAAUGUUUCACAACCAUCCCUGCAACGGCUCCUGUCGGGAACCGUGACGGACACACUAUCAUUUCGGCUUUUCAACUGGCUACGCGAUGGCAUGUCCUUCAAACACAGGAAUCUUAUGACUGCGUGCCGGAGUGUCUCCGCCCAACCCCAGUUGAGCAGGUGA